GGUAUUUUGACGCAAUCAUUGUAUAACUGUCAAUAUCUCUUUAUUAUUCAGCUAGACAAUGCUACGCUGGAGCAUCAAGCUCGGCACCACACACAGUAACUGGAACCGUCCUAUAGCCGAUACACUCCGCAUCACUGCCCGCGAGUUUGCAAGUGCAAGUCCACGCCGCAAGUCGACAUCAGCAAAAGCCCUCGACGCAGCACAGCACUCAGAUCUCGCUUCAUUCCUAGCCUACGCGAAACGCACUGGCCUGGACGAAACAUCCACCACAUUCACCGGCACCCGCUACGAAUAUCUCGUGGCCGAGCGUCUCGCCCGCUAUGGCUUCUCCCUGAAGAGAGUCGGCGGCGCAUCAGACUUUGGCAUCGACCUUUUAGGAGAGUGGACCAUCCCGUCGACAUCAAAGACGCUCAGGGUUCUGGUGCAAUGCAAGGCGGGAUCUAGGAUAGGCCCGAAUUUCGUCAGAGAGCUGGAAGGGACGUUUGUCGGCGCGCCGCCCGGAUGGCGAGGAUCGGGGGUGCUGGGGCUGUUGGUGGCGGAGAGGCAGACGACAGGGGGCGUGAGAGAUGCCCUUACCCGGAGCCGUUCUCCGAUGGCGUACUUUUGCUGUACUGGGGAUGGACGGAUGAAGCAGAUGCAGUGGAAUCAGAGGGCGGAGGAGGAAGGGCUGGAGGGGAUUGAUGUUGCGUUGAAGAGGAGCGCUGGUGGGGGGGAGGAAGAUGAGGUUGUUCUGAUGAAGAAUGGACGGCCGCUGCCGAUUAUUGGGUGAGAUGUGGAUGGAUGGAUGGAUAUGAGAUGAUGGCUCACCUGAGAGAGAGCCAUCAUUCUAUGAUGUCGCCUGAUAUGAUGGCUUCAGCUUACAAUCUUGUGGGAUUUGAGAAGCAGCGAGUUCAGGGUCAAUGGCGAUAUGAGAUAGACUGUACUGCUUUAUGCUGAUAUCCGAUGGCUAGAUGAGUGAUGCUCUUUGAAAGGGAUGGGAUUCGAUUGGGGGGGGGGGAUAUCCCUUUGCCAGCAUCAGCUGAGCUGAGUGGCCAUACGCUACUACCUACUGCUGUAUGGAGCGUGGUUUAAGAGGUUUGGAACAUAAUUUCACAUUUAUAGCAUGGCGAUGUUGGAAGAGGGGGAGUAUAUACGUUAGUAUCAAUGGCUGGUCUGCCUGAUAGCUGAAAAUUGUGUAUAUCAAAUAAGCCAGCACUUAUAAGAUACAUUGAACACUUAAACCCUAUCACUUAUACUUGGC